GACGAAUACAAAGAGCCUGUCCGCGACGAUUUGUCGAGGCAUGUCUCUUCUUUUCCACCUGUUCCUUCUAUCGUUCCUCAGAUCACUUGUGACGGCCGUUAUGACAUUGUCGCGUAUUGAACAACUGUGACAUCGUUGCCUUGGGUGAUGCCUGCUAUACUACAUCUCCACACUAAUACUUCCUCACUAUAAUCCUAUCGACAUACAGAAGUCUCCCUCACGCACCAAUUUUUCUUGUACUCCUCUACCUCAUCCCCCCAGCUCCAUCGAACUCCAGUCAAGUAUUCGAAAGUCAAACCCCUCUCCCAUCCCCCUUACGUGCCAUCGCAUUACCAACCAUGUCUACCGUGCAAGGAACCUGUUCUCCCCAAUUCUCCACCCUCCGCACCAUCUUUCAGCAAAACCUCGACUCCGAAGUCGAGCUCGGCGCCUCCAUAGCUGUCAACCUCGAUGGCGUCGAAGUGGCCGACCUUUGGGGCGGCUUCACCGACAUCUCCCGUACCCAGCCCUGGAAGGAAGACACCAUCGUUAAUGUGUGGUCUUCCACCAAAUGCGCCACCAGUCUCGUGGUGCUCAAACUUGUCGACAGCGGCGUCUUGUCCAUUAAUGACAAGGUAUCCAAAUACUGGCCUGAAUUCGCCGCUAAUGGGAAGGAAGAUGUUGAAAUUCGUCAUUUGUUGUCGCACUCUUCAGGCUUGAGUGGGUGGGAGGAACCCAUUACCCAUGAGCAGGUGUGCGAUUUCGAGUAUGCGGCGGGUAAACUAGCAGAACAGAAGCCGUGGUGGACUCCAGGCGCGGCGUCGGGGUACCAUGCUAUGACGUUUGGGAACUUGCUCGGAAUGGUGGUGCGUCGAGCGUUGGGCGGUAGGACGUUGAAGGAAUAUCUUGCUGAGGAGAUUGCGGCUCCCCUCGAGGCAGAUUUCCAGAUCGGUGCGCUGGAAAAAGACUGGCCUCGUAUAUCAAACGUAAUACCGCCACCUAGCACCAAAGACGCAAUUGGAAACGGGCCGCACCCUCCAUUCAUGAUGAAGACGUUUCUGAACCCGGUUCCGAAUGCUGAGUUUAGCAAUACGAGUAUGUGGAGAUUGGCCGAGAAGGGAGAUUCGAAUGGCCACGGGAAUGCGAAGGGGAUGAAUCGCAUGUUCUCUGCUAUCAGUCUUGGCGGGACUGCGCGGGGGAAGAAGAUUUUGUCGCCUGAGACGGUGGAUCUUAUUUUCCAGGAGCAGGUCAAGGGGACUGAUCUAGUUUUGGGAAAGGAGGUUCGGUUAGGCGUCGGGUACGGGUUGAGGGGUACAGGGGAUGAUGGGUCCGUUACUCCUGUUGAUGAUUUUGUUCCCCCAGGCAGGAUCUGCUUUUGGGGUGGAUGGGGUGGCUCGAUUGUUAUCAUGGAUCUUGACCGGCGCCUUACGAUAACGUAUGCUAUGAACAAGAUGUCGGAUACUGGCAUGGGAAACGGGUCAGGUAGAUCCUAUGUUAGAGCCAUAUAUAAGGCGUUGGGGGUUAUUUAGGGCCAAUAACUAGAGAUGGCCCUCGAUUCCAAAGUCAUAUUCCCAAGAUGUACUGAUGCAGGUGGCUUUAGUUGUAGAAGUAGUUGUCUACGAUGGCCUUGAUCGGAUACAGUGCCAUGAGUAAAUACAGGCGCAGCGUUCGUAGCGACGCCAUGUUUCUAGGGGCGGAGACACUAAAGUCAUCAAUAGCGUAAUGAGAGCGCAUCAUCCAACUAAUACAGG